AUGACCGUCUCGAAGCAACUUCGCCACGAUCUGGAGGAUGUGGCCAACCGCUUGAGAAUCUCGUCGAUCGAGAUGACGCACGCGAGCAACAGUGGACACCCGACGUCUUCCACUUCUGCUGGUUAGUGAUUUAUUCGAAAUGCGCGAAUCGAAUUCAUAAUUUUUUCAGCCGAAAUCAUGUCGACUCUGUUCUUCUCGGAGCUCAAGUACGACAUAGCCGAGCCGAAAGCCGCGUCGGCUGAUCGCUUCAUUCUCUCAAAGGGACACGCGUGCCCGAUCCUCUACGCCGCUUGGGAAGAGGCCGGCCUUCUGAGCCACGAACAGGUGCUCUCGCUCCGCAAAAUCAAUUCGGACAUCGAAGGACACCCGACUCCUCGCCUCAACUUCAUCGAUGUCGCCACCGGAUCGCUCGGACAAGGUCUCGGAGUCGCCACCGGAAUGGCCUACGUCGGGAAGUACAUCGACAAGGCCAGCUACCGCGUGUUCUGCCUUCUCGGAGACGGAGAGGCGGCCGAAGGAUCCGUGUGGGAGGCCGCUGCUUUUGCUUCGAUCUACAAACUCGACAACUUGGUCGCGAUUGUGGAUGUGAACAGACUCGGACAGAGUCAGGCCACGUCUCUUGGACACGACGUGGAGACCUACAAGGCUCGUUUCGCCGCCUUCGGAUUCAACGCCAUCAUUGUCGACGGACACAGCGUUGACGAGCUUUUAGCUGCUUACGAGAACGCUCGUAGCACCAAGGGUAAGCCGACCGCGAUUAUUGCCAAGACCUUGAAGGGAAAGGGAAUCGAUGGCGUGGAGAACGAGGACAACUGGCACGGAAAGCCUGUUCCAGUUGAAAAGGUAAAAUUCGUUUUUAAACAUUGAAAACUGAAACGUUUUUUAAUUUUAGAUCAACGCCAUCAAGGCUCGUUUCCAUGGAAGCCAGAAGGGAAAACUGGUCGCCCAGAUACCAAUCAAUGAUGCUCCAGUCAUUGACCUCCAUGUCGGAUCGAUCAAAAUGCCGGCUCCACAGUACAAGAAGGGAGACAAGGUGGCCACGAGAGCCGCCUACGGAACUGCCCUUACCAAGCUCGGAGACGUUAACCCUCGUGUCAUCGGACUCGACGGAGACACCAAGAACUCGACGUUCUCGGAAAAAUUGCUCAAGAAGCACCCGGACCAGUUCAUCGAGUGCUUCAUCGCCGAGCAGAACCUCGUCGGAGUGGCCGUCGGAGCCCAAUGCCGUGACCGUACCAUCCCAUUCACGAGCACUUUCGCCGCGUUCUUCAGUCGUGCCGCUGAUCAGAUCCGUAUGGCCGCUGUCUCGUUCGCCAAUCUCAAGUGCGUCGGAUCCCACGUCGGAGUGUCGAUCGGAGAAGACGGACCGAGUCAGAUGGCCCUCGAGGACCUCGCCAUCUUCAGAGCCAUUCCUGGAUCCACUGUUUUCUACCCAACCGACGCGGUGUCUGCCGAAAGAGCCACUGAGCUGGCCGCCAACACCAAGGGAAUUGUGUUCAUCCGUACUGGACGUCCGGCUCUCCCAGUUCUCUACGACAACGAGGAGCCGUUCCAGAUUGGACAAGCCAAGGUUGUGAAGCAGUCCGCUCAGGACAAGAUUGUGCUCAUCGGAUCGGGUGUCACCCUCUACGAGUCGCUGAAGGCCGCCGAGGAGCUGGAGAAGGAGGGAAUCCACGCUGCCGUCAUUGAUCCAUUCACCAUCAAGCCAUUGGACGCCAAGACGAUUACUGAGCAUGCCCUGCGAGUCGGAGGACGUGUCGUCACCACGGAGGACCACUACGCCGCCGGAGGAAUUGGAGAAGCCGUCUCUGCUGCGCUCGCCGAUCAGCUGAAUGUCCGCGUCCGUUCGCUGUUCGUCAAGGAGGUUCCACGCUCCGGACCUCCAGAUGCUCUCGUCGAUCUGUACGGCAUCUCGGCUCGCCACAUUGUCGCCGCCGUCAAGAAUUUCCAAUAA